AUGUCGCUCUUACGCGACUCGCAUGCCCAUCAUGCCCCAUCUCACGAUCCGUGUAAACCCCGCUCGUCAUCAUCUCGGAACGACCUGUUCACCACUUCCUGGCAACCUGAACUACCUCCUCCAAAACCAUUGUUAGCCGAAUCUGCUACUGCAGCUGGACCAUCUUCCAGCAAUCUUAAUUCAAUAUUCGAUCUGGGUGGCAUCGGUGGACAUGCUAAUACAUUACCGUCAACAACGAAGAAGAGGGGUGAAUUAGGACUGAAAAUGGAUUUAGAGGGAAUAUCACACUCGUUUGCUCACAAUACUACCACCAACACAGGAGGCGUGGAUGAAUUUGGUGUAUCGACGAAAUCACAAAACAAAUCGUCAUAUCCCACUUUAGAUAAGAAUGAUAUAUCCCCUUCACCUCGAACAUCGUCAUUCUUCGAUACUCCCAUUGAAAGCAUCACGCCACCGCCUGCACCCCGCUUGGUCAGUUCUCUCAACGGGAUGAGUUCUUUCGCGCCUUCUCCUUUGAAUUUGUCGAGAUCGUCUUCAGCUGUACGGAAAGUUCCUGCACCAUUACCUUUACCAUCGCAAGACGACCACACCAACAAUGCCACAGCUGGACCAAGUCGGCAGAAACAGAAACAAAGAUCAAAUGAUAGUUUUACGAGCUCCACAAAGUCUGCGAUUGAAGAUCCUCUAUCACCAUUACAUCAAUCACCACAAUUACCACCUAGUGAAUCGGGUGGAUUGGAAGGUUGGAAACCGCCUUUGCCACCUUCUUCGGACGAUAUUGAACUACGUCUGAUACCCAACUCCACAUAUCUUUUAGGUGAAGGGAGAUAUGCCAAAGCCUAUCUCGCAUCGUAUAGAAGGAAGAGAAAGAACAAACACGGACAUGGCUAUGGUGGUGGCGAUGGUGGAUCGGCAUCGAUGCAAGUUAACGAAGAUGGAGAUGGGUUGGUAGGGGGUAGUUGGAGGUUAUGUGCCGCGAAGAGAUUGGCUCCUGAUAGGGAAUCGCAGACGAUGGGAUUGAGGGAAGCUUUCUUCUUAAAUCGUUUAACUGGACCGAUCAAACACUCUAUAAGUGCGGAUAGAAACAGGAACGAUUAUAGUAGACAGAUUAGACCCAGACAAAGAGCUGUUUCACCUUUAAGAGGAAGUCAUCAACCACCAUCGGAUGGAGACGAAUCAACAAGCACGCAGAGUCAGAAACGUAAAAGACCAUGUGGGAGCGUAUAUGUCGUCAAGCUCAUAGCUGUCAAAGAAGAUAUCGAAGGGUUUCCUACUCUCCCUCAAAAUCAGACGCAUGCAAGAUCCACAUCAGAUGUCUUAUCCGGUACAGGGAGUGGAACGGAUUCGAAGCCUAUAGCGAAUACUAUAAGUGUAGGGGAUCUAAGACGACAAAGGUCUUCAACAAUUAUCACUGCUCAUGCACCUCUACCACCCGAUUCAACUGGUACCUUACCUUCUUAUCCGUCUCUACCAUCUCUAGCCCAAUCGGUACGAUACGACCAACAUCAGUCUGCUCCCUCACUUUCAAGGUUGGUAUUGUUGCUUGAGCAUGCACCGUUAGGUACCCUGGAUAGAAUGUUGCGCACUAGUCCGCAACUCGUAGGAAGGAAGUUGUGGGAAAGAUGGGCGAGGGAAGGCGCUGAAGCUUUAGAGUGGGUACAUGGGAAAGGGGUGGUUCAUGCGGAUGUGAAACCUGGGAAUUUACUCCUCACCGUGGAUCUUCAUAUUCGACUAUCCGAUUUCGGAUCCUCCCUCCUCAUUCACCCUGCUCAUCCUCCAACCGACGGACUGGGUUUGGGCACUCUUCCCUUCUCUCCGCCCGAGUUGGUCGAUCCAACCCAGACAUUCUCAUUCCCCGUGGAUAUCUUCGCAUUAGGUGCGACACUCUACCAAUGUCUCACGGGCCGAGAACCUUUCAGGGGUAUCAGGACGGUCGAGAUGAUGCAUCAUGUUCGGAAAGGUGGAUUGUGGGCAUACGAGGAGAGAGAAAGGUUUCAAAGAGUAGGGAACGAAGAUGGAGUGUCUACCUCUGGAAGUCCUUACCCAUCAGCUUGGAGAGGAUAUUCGAAUACUUCCACUACUGGUGCUGGAUAUCCUUCAGGAUCAGGUACUGGGAACGUGACUGUGGGAUUGGGUGGGGGAGUAAGAAGAGCAGGAUCAUUAAGGGUUCCACCAAGUUAUUCUCGUGAACACUUAACUGCGUCAGUCAUAGUCGACGGACAUGGACAUGGGGUUACAAGUGGGAAACCGAAAUUGAAGAGAAUGACUUCUGCUGAAAGUAUCAGAGCGUCAGAUGAAGCUACCAAUAGUGAAUCUCCUUCGGGGGUUAAACUGUAUGCGAACUGGGUUAAAUCAGGUCCGUACACGAAUAGUACUUCAACGAGUAAUAUGUCUACGCCCGGACCUGGGUUCGAUGCUGUCACGAGAUUGUUAUCGGAUGAAGAUGAGCUGGACGUUACCAGUCCGACAUAUGGGAUUUCAAGGAACAAUUCGAUUAGUCUUCGAAAAUCUCAGGAAGAUAGAUCAUCAUUGAACAGAUCGACAAGCUUGAAAUCUACAAGUCCCACAACGACAACGUCCAUGACAAUGAACACAUCGGAUUUACCGAAAGGGAUGAUGACCGUCCAAUUACCUACACCCACUUCACCCUCUUCAGAUCACUUACCUCCAAUGGACCAGAUCAACGAUUUACUAGUGGCUGAUGACAAAAGACAACAGCAAGUAUCAUCUUUAGUAUCGUUAAAUGAAGCAUAUCAAGAUGGUAGUCCCUCGAUGUUAUUCUUAGAUGGCUCAGAGAGAGUAUCAGAAGAAAUUAGGAAUGUGCUGAAAAAUAUGUUGAACCCUUUUCCUGAGAAUAGGAUGACUGCUCUAGAAGUUAGAAUGUACUGGGAUGAAUUGGGAUUAGGCUUGGAGGAUGAUGAGGAUGGGGAGGAGGAAGGUGAAGGUGAUGACUGA